UUUUCAAUUUGAAAUUCAAAUUUCGUCGCUGCUAAGUGCAAAAUGAAGGCGACCCAGUAUUGCCUGUGGCUUAAAAUUGUGAUUCUUUCGCUGCUGUGCUCUUUGAAUAUAUUUUUGUUCAUAAAAUCGCUGGGCAUUAACUACCAGCAUGAGCUGGCACGUGAGCACACGCGCUUCCGUCAGGAACUGCCGACCAUGGACAGCUGGAUAAAUUCGCCUUUUGGGAAACUGAAGAGCUACCUGUUCAAUGUGACCAAUGCGGAGGCAUUUUUGAAUGGCACGGACGAGCGCCUUAAAUUGGAGCAGGUGGGACCGAUUGUUUACUAUAUUCAAGGCUAUAUCGAUAUGCUCGAGAGAACGGAGAGCAGCAUCACUUUUAGAAAGCAUCGCUAUCGGGAAGUGAAAUUUCUGCCCGAGGAGAGUGUAUCCGCGGACAUACUUAACCGGACUAUAACGCUGCCAAAUAUGAUACUUCUUGGCUCGGCAGCCAAGUUCAAUCAAAUCAAUUCUUAUGUACGCUUCGCUUUCAAUGCCGUGACGCUGCACGAGCCCAUCUUUCGCACCGAAUCGAUUUACUAUUUCCUUUGGGAACUGUCCUCGCCGGGCUUGAAGGCCAUAUCGAAUGUUGUGCCCUUCAUCGCCUCAAACUGUGGGACUCUGUACAAUGCUCUGACUGAAAAGGAGGAGGUCUACAAGCUGAACAUUGGACCGCAGAAUGGCAUCGAGAACUUCUUUCGCAUUGAUACGAUGAAUGGUCAGAAUAUUAUGAAACAGCAGGAGAGUCGAAAGAGGGGCCUUUCGGAUGAAGAGUUGGAGAAAUGUCCCGUCAAUGCUCAUGGCGCCUUCGAUAACUCGCUAUUUCCACCCUAUCUGAAAAAGGACACAAAACUGGAGAUUGUGGCGGCGGAAUCUUGUCGCAUACUUCCUUUGCGUUAUCAGCGUGAACAGGACUAUGACGGAUUCAGAGGAUAUCGUUACUCGCUUCUGGAGGAGGGUGAGACGCCCAGCUGUCUGAACACGACCUAUGGCAUUGGUUUGCCGAAAGGCAUGUUUGAUGUCUCCCAAUGUGUAAUAAAUGAAGCGCCGUCAGUGUUCUCGGGACCACACUUUUACGGCAGCAGCUACAACUGGAGUGAACAUUAUGAGGGUCUGAAUCCAAACCCAGAGGAGCAUGAGCCAUACAUUCUGAUUGAGCCCACAACGGGCAUUCCCAUCACAGAGAAAUAUCGCUUCCAGAGCAACAUACCGAUGCCAAACAUGAGAGGCUUCAAUAGAGGACUCACUCGGUUCAGUAAUAUGAUGCUGCCCACAUUUUGGUAUGAGUUUGAUAUGGGCGAAUUGCCAGGAAUUGUUAAGUUCGUCAUCCACUUCAAUGUCUAUGUCACACCCAUUUUGCAGCCCAUUCUCAUGUCGUUGUACGUGAUCUUGGCCCUGUGGAGUGCGCUGAAGUUGGUUUCAUUGUUGUUCAACUGCAGCUAUGGCGAUAUUUUCCGCAGACUCUGCUGCUGCGGUUCCGGCACAUCGAAUGUGCUCUUACAAACAACAUUUCCGCAAAACGCGGAAACGCGCCGGGAUGUGACGCCAUUCGACGGGACUGUCAAAUAGUUUGAGUGACAGCCGCUGACCAGUCAGCAAUGCACAUGUAAAUAACUAAACACAAAUACUAUGUACAUAAAUGCCUAGUCUAGUGUCUCUAUUCUGUAAGUAAAUGUUAGCAAUUAAUAAUUAGAUUAAUGACAACAAAAAAACAACAAAAAACAACAACAGAAAGUAAUAAAACAGCCUACAAGUCGCCUGACAUCUGAGCGCGCACUUAUCAGCUAAUUGUUACAUAAUAUA